AUGGAGACUACAGUAGACCUCCCAGAUCGCACCAAAGUGCCGACGAAUAACCUAAACCAGCCUAAAGAAAAAGCUCCCAAGGCGCCUAAACCCCCCAAGGGUCUUACCCCAGCAAAGACAAAGAAAUCCGCUUCUAUGGCCUUUUCUGAAGACCCGGACUCCAUGUUUAAGACAGGUUUUCUUGCAGACGUUUACAACGAGAGGCCAAUAGGUUCAGAGCAUGUCAAGAAAGUGGUGACACGUUUCCCGCCAGAGCCCAAUGGGUUUUUGCACAUCGGGCAUUCCAAGGCCAUCGCGAUCAAUUUUGGGUUUGCGCGAUUUCAUGGCGGGGAUUGUUAUCUGCGAUAUGAUGACACAAACCCCAAGGGUGAGGAGGAAAGGUACUUUGUCUCCAUUGAGGAGAUCGUGAGAUGGUUGGGAUUCUCUCCAGUCAAGAUCACCUAUUCCAGCGACAAUUUCGAUCGCCUCUAUGAAUUGGCAGAAGACUUGAUUAGACGGGAUGGUGCAUAUGUCUGUCAUUGUACCAAGGACGAAAUCAAAGCCCAGCGGGGUGGAGGAAAAGGGGAGGGGGGACCGCGAUUUGCAUGUGUGCACCGCACUCGUCCUGUUGAAGAGUCACUUACAGAAUUUAGAGCAAUGAGAGAUGGCAAAUAUAGGGAGGGAGAAGCUGCGCUUCGAAUGAAGCAGAACAUUGAAGACAGCAACCCGCAGAUGUGGGACCUUACCGCGUACCGUGUCCUAGCGGAGGAGGAUAGACACCAUUUCCGCACCGGAGAUAAAUGGAGAAUAUACCCUACAUACGAUUUUACGCACUGUCUCUGCGAUAGCUUUGAGGGCAUCACACAUUCUCUAUGCACGACGGAAUUUGAGCUGUCGCGGGUGUCCUAUGAAUGGCUAUGUGACAAGUUGGAAGUAUACACACCAAUGCAGAGAGAAUAUGGCCGUCUUAACGUUACGGGGACAAUCCUUUCAAAACGUGAUAUCAUGAAACUUAUCGAUGGUGGGCACGUUGGAGGGUACGAUGAUCCCCGUCUGUUUACUCUCGUCGGCCUACGCCGUCGAGGAGUCCCUCCAGGGGCCAUUCUCUCCUUCGUAAACGAACUCGGGGUUACCAAAGCCAAAACAAACAUUCAAGCACAUCGCUUCGAGCAAUCAGUGAGGCGGUACCUAGAAACUACAGUUCCGCGAUUAAUGGUCGUCAUGAAACCGCUCAAGGUUGUCAUCGAUGACCUCCCAGAAGACUAUCUCGAAAUGGUGGAGCUUCCUUAUUCGAAAGACCCAGCGUUCGGAGUUCACAAGGUCCCGUUCACCCGGACCGUUUUUAUUGAGAGAAGUGAUUUUAGGGAGAUGGAUUCGCCCGAUUAUUUCCGACUUGCUCCUGGGAAGACAGUCGGUCUCAUGAAAGUCCCCCAUCCUAUCACUGCAACGUCUUUUGAGAAAGAUCCAGAGACCGGAUUGGUAACUUGUGUGCAUGCGAAAUAUGAGAAACCAGAAGAAGGAUCCCCUCCUAAGAAGCCAAAGUCCUUCAUCCACUGGGUGUCUCUAUCCCCGGAGCACUCAAGUCCCAUUAAAGCCGAAGUCCGCGUCCUCAACCAACUGUUCAACUCCGAAGACCCUAAAGGUCACCCAUCCGGCUUCCUAGCUGACAUCAACCCCAACUCCAUGGAAAUCUACCCGGACGCAAUGGUCGAUAUCGGGUUUUCCGAGAUCAAGAGUCGGGCACCCUGGCCCGCUGAGCAAGGUGAGAAGGCAUCUAACUCAGACAAAUCGGAGACAGAAGAAUAUGUCGUUAGAAAGGCAGGGGAGGCGGGCACAGAUGGGUCGAUUGUGCAUCCGGAGACGGUCAGGUUUCAAGGGAUGCGGGUUGCGUAUUUUGCGUUGGAUAGUGAUAGUACGGAGGAUAGAGUGGUUUUGAAUAGGAUUGUGGCUUUGAAGGAUGAUGCUGGGAAAUAA